AUGGCUUCAGGGACUGGAGGGAGCUGGGGUCAUCCCCCAGCACAGACUGCAGCCCCGACGACGCCCUGGGUGACCAUUCUGCAGCCCCUCCCGUGGGCCAUCCCACCUCCAUCCCCGCAGCCGAGCCGCGUGAAGGAAGACUUGCUGGAGCUGAUGAUGCUGCAGAACGCCCAGAUGCACCAGCUGCUUCUGAGUGGCCAGGUGGCGGCGGCGCUCAACCCGGGGCUCACCUGGUCCCACCCGCAGAAUCCCCAGGUCUACCUGGAGGGUCCACAGGAGGUGUUUGAGGAGGAGGAGGGGCCUUUGGUGUUCCACCACCACUACCUGCCCUGCCCGAUGCCUGCUCUGGGCCCCCUGCUCUCCUGGACAGCCCCACUCCUCCCCCCUCCCCUACCUCAGCCCCACUUGCAGGACACAGCCAGGAUUCAGGACCGCCCUCCUGCCUCCGGGAAAAGAAGGGUGAGAGCCGUGCCCCCACCCCCACCCCCCAGCGCCACAGGGACUGUGGGUGUGGAUGUACCCCCAGCUUCAGACUACUAUGACGCCGAGAGCCUACCGGUGAAUCAGUCCCCUCUCCACCCCAAGGAGACCCUGAACCAGCCUGAUCUCUGCUGCGGGACGAGAGCCCCUUAG